CAAAGCACGACGACUACCGAGACCGAAGCAGCCACCGCGCCGAAAAUGACAGUCGCGACGCCCUACAACGGCCAUGUCUUUGCGGCUUCGAAGCUUUCCAAACCUCCCCCGACUGAACCUCCACCUUCUGCGCUCAUCCAAGCAGCGCUAGACUUUCUCAAAGCUUUCUCUACGCUCUCCCCCGGGAUCGUGACGUCUCAUUGCACGCCAGACUUCACGCAUUCUGUUUCGCCGAGCUCUCUUGCGCUGCCGUCAAGGAACCUCGAGGAGUUUACGACGCACUCCGGGCGCGUCUUUUCGCUAUUCACGACGUGGGAUAUCGUGCCACAGAGCAUCUUUGAGGAUGUGGCCAAGAGCACCGUGGUGCUGCAUGUUAAGAUGGGCGGGAAAGUGAAAGGGCGGGCACUGGGAGAUUUAGAAGUUUGGGGGAAUGAGGCAGUGUUUUGGAUCGAGCUGGGGCAGUUUGAGGGGGGGUGGGCGGUGAAGGCAGUGAGAGAGUUUGUAGAUAGUAAGCUUGCGGAGGAAUUGAGGAGGCUGUUAGCUGGGACGGCGAAGGAGAGGACUCUGGAAGAGUAAGGGUGAGGUGGUGUUGAAGUUGAUAACUUUGGGAUAUUUAACUGCUACAGGUAGAAGGCUUAGAUAGCGAAGGGUUUAUGAUUUUGAUUAGGGUUUUUAGACAUUUGAAGACAUUUUUCUGUACGACUCAUAUAAACUCUUGAUAUUGUGCACACAACGAGCACGUACUAGCCAAGAAUUCCUCACUCAAUACGUCGAAACACAAACCAACGCACGACUCUCCCCCC